AUGGGGGCUGUUUCACUCCAGCUCCUGCUCCUGCUGGGGGCCCUGUGCCUGGCGCCCCUGGCUGCAGGGCAACCCAAAGCACCCCUGAAGUGUUCCACUGAGUGCAGCUGCUUUGCCUCUGGGAUAGCAGCCAAGCGGAUAAGGAGCUACCGCAGGACAGAGCCGCGCUGCACCAAGCAAGCCAUCAUAUUUACGACACUGAAGUCCCUGGAGAUUUGUGCAGAUCCAGAGGCAGACUGGGUGAAGGAGAUCGUGGAGAAGCUGGACCAGAAAAAGGCAGCAGCCGCCCCGCGUCCCCAUGACGCCAGCCCAGCCGUGGCGCCGGAGGAGCCUGGCCUUUUCCGGAAACGCGUUGGUCUUACAGCAAUGGCUUUCACUCAAGCCGCCGCUCCGACUGGUUUCUUCCAAAGCACAACAGCUUUGGAGGGAAGGCAUGUUCCUGCUGCCAUGACGGAGGUGGCCAGCAGGUCCCCGCCAGCCCCGCAGGACACUACCCUGCUCCUUGCAGGAUCGUCCCCCACCACUCGGGAAGCUGCUGCCUGGUCCGGAGUCACUCUGGGAGCAAACAGAGAUUCCUUAAAAUCUCCUGCCCCUCCCACAGCCUCUGCAGCUGGCGUGGGCUCCAUCCCACCAGCCUCACGUCCCACAGCUCUUGUGCGUGGCUUUGGCAAGGCCGCAGGGUCCAUGGAAGGGCCUGUAGGACCUGGCGCAAAUGCUCUGGCUGAUGUUCGAGGCACAGCUUCUCCCAGCUCUGAUCCAGCCCCCACGGCCAUCACCGAAGGACCAGACCAUCCUACACCUUCUGUGAAUGAAUCCCCGGACCCUGCAGGUGCAAGGGCUGGUGCAGUGGGUGCCGCUUCCAGCAGCUGGGGCUCAGAGCUCCCCUCUGCCCCGGGCAGCAUGGAGAUGUCCACGGUCCCGGCCACCCCAGCUCCACCAGCGACUGCUCUGGUUCCUACCCCAAGCCCCACAACUUUUCAUUAUCCAUCGCCCACGGGAAAGCGAGGUCCUUUGGCCACACUGGUUUUUGCUGGCCUAGCCUCCCCAAGCCAAGCCAGAGUGCAGCCAAUGGCAGAAGGACCAAGCCGCCCACCCCUUCCCAGCCUCCUGCCUCAGUUCCCAGCGUAUGUCGUCAUCCCAGUUGCUGUGCUGGGCGGCCUGAUGGCCUGCAGCAUUGCUGUCGUGUGGCUGUAUCUGAAAUUCGGCGUCAAACCAGAGACAAUGGCUAGAGAAAUGGUACAGGGCCUGCUUUACCAGAAGAAGGGGCACCAGAACAACAUCUACCCUGUGGACGCCCUCUGA